AUGGAAGGCGCGUUCGCUCCGGACCAUAGGGCUAGGACUCUGAGCCGCCCUCUGUUGCGACGGCUGAGCCUCCUCAGAGCCGUGCUACCAUCGCUGGAAUCGGCCGCCGGGAAUAUGUAUUACGCGCCCAAGAGAAAAAGGUUCAGCCAGGAUAAAGUGAAACAGUUCUGGGCUAAAUUUUUGGUCCCUUGUCUUCGAAUGUCACCAAAUGGCUGGAAGUUCCACAACUUUAAUGACCAGCAUCAUGAACUCGUCAGUCGUUUGCUAGAGCGCCUUGAAAAGACUGUUUUCAUGGAGAAGUCGGCGCUUGCAGAGGAGUUUAAAUCAUCGACCUUUCCGCAGCUAGAGACGCUGAGAAGCUGGACGCGAGACACUCCAGGGGACACCGAGGACAUCGAGAACCUGUUCGCUGGCCGUUGGAGUAUCCUAGUGCCAUCAGACCAGUUGGCUCGCAAAGACCUCAUUACUUUGCUUGAUAAGUUUGCCGAUGCUAUGGAGGGGCCCAGCAAGCCACCUCCAUCCGGAGAAGCGAUGCCAGUGGUUUCAACUAUGUUCAGUCUCACAGCGUCUCGCUUGCAUCGUAAUAUCGAGGGCCAAUCCCUGUUUAAACUCCCCGAAACAGACCCAGGAGGGACUGUUGAACAAUCUGAGCUCGAUAUCGAUAGCAAGACAUGUCUUGCCGUUGUUCUGUCUCACUCGCUGCUUGACUUUUGCUGGGAGCCUUGGUUCCUAAACGGAUGGUCAAAAUCUAGCAUAAAGCUACUCCAAAAUUGCGAGAGUCUUUCCUUACGCCCGACCCUGGCCACCUCUCUUCGUCCUCGUUCAAGAGACCCUUCUCUACCCACAAUGCGCAAUGACCUGAAGCUGCUCUUCCACGGAAUACUCCUGAUGGAGAUAUUCAAGCAGGCAGAAAUACCUCUUGCCAUGAAUCAUCAAGAUAUGAUCAUCGACAUUGAGUCUUUCCGAGUGACCGCUCGCAAAGAGUUUGGCCAAAUAAAUUGGGCCAUCUAUGAAGGGUUCAGGCACGGGCCAUUUCCAUUCAAAUUCUUCGACACCGACGACAGACCUGAUGAAACCCAGACUAAGAGAGCCAAAGAAUGGUUCCAGAGAUAUGACCAGGCCUUACAUGCUCAACAAGAAGCCCUUCCAAUCAAAGGCAAGGGCAUUACGGUUGCCGUUUUAGACACGGGUAUCAACUUGCAAAAUAGUUGGAUCUCAGCGAGGAUUGGUAGGACCAAAUGCUGGCCAUCAAGGGAUUCUUGCAACGACACCGAUGGCCACGGUACUCAUGUUGCAUACUUGCUCAUGAGACUUGCGCCGAGCGCAAACAUCCGAAUCGCCAAAAUCAGCGAUUCGCAGCUAAUCAACAACGAUGCCAUCAUUCAACGAAUCGCCAAGGCAAUCGAGCACUUUUCUUCCGAAAAUGGAGAUCCCGUAGACAUCAUCAACCUCUCCUUUGGUUUCCCAGAAUACAAUGACAGACUUCAACCUAUACGCAAAGCACUUCUUCAGGCACAACAGAAUAACGUGUUAUUGUUUGCCGCGGCGGGUAAUUCAGCCGGUAACGAGGGAGUAUACUGGCCCGCCAGUAUGGAAGUCGUGACCCGCGUCAACGCCGUGGACGGCGAUGGAAAUGUGGCUAACAUUAGCACAACGGGCGGAGAACUGCGACCCAUCUUCACGCUAGGUGAAGGAGUGCCAUCAUGCCAGUUGGGCUCGCCCGGCAACGAGAUAAUCUAUCGGAGCGGCACCUCAUUCGCCACGCCCAUCGCGGUAGCUAUUGCGGCUAUUGUGUUGGGAUAUAUCGACGGCUCCAACAAGGCGGCCGUACCGGAGGACGUUGAGUCCCUGAAGAGCCGGCUGCGUACGAAGUCGGGGAUGGAAGGGGUGCUCCGUGAAACAUGUGUCUUACAGGAGCCGAUGAAGAGGACGGACAUUGCAUAUAUUGCCCCUUUCUUUUUUCUUACCAUCGAGGCGUCAAGCCUUGUGGGCAUCAUCACUAAUGCUCUGAGGACUUGUGCCGGAUGA